AUGUCAAAAAAGUCCUUCCCUUUGAGUUCGGACAGCCCUGCCAAGGCAUUCAAUGCGAAUCCUUUGCGUACCGUGCGGAUAUGGUAUCAUAACAGCAAUCUCCAUCCUAUGGACGAUAUUCAGGAGAAAGGGCUGCAAGAUGUGGUUUUUGGAGCCGUGAGUCUUCAAGACUUUGGCCAACGGCUAUGUUGUGACAACCACAAUUACCCCCAAAAUGCGAUUAUGGUGGACUUUGCCGUAGCUGAGAAGGCUAUUUUGAGAAUUAUCAAGCAUUACGGGAUCGUCGAAUUUAUCGCCCUGAGUGACGACGAUCCCAUUAUUGUGGGACAAGGUGCUGAGGAUCUCAUCUCCAAGAAAACUCUCGGCUACCGGCAUAUACAUGCUCGAUAUUUGCGUGGUUAUGCAGAAAGGUGUAACCUUGCAAAUGUACAUGGAUAUACAAUGCAUGAGUACUUGAAAACUUGGUAUGAUGAGCGUUUGGACGAUAUUAGCCUUCGUCUCCAGAGACUUUUAUACCAUUCAUAG